AUAAAAUAUGGCCGAGAAGAAGAAGUGAUUUACGAUUACAAUGUCUCUCCUCCAUUCUGCAUGCCACGGACGGUUUCGGGUCAGUUGAUUCUGUCCUUUCUUUAAAAUGGACCUAUUUGUAUUCAGCUGGAGAUAGUAUACGUGGUGAGGUCGCAAUGCCUUACGAAGAUCCCCCACAGGACAGUCUUGCACUCUGUGGAACUUGUUGGAUGUUCACCGGUGUGUUUGUGUUAGUUCUAGGUCUGGUUUUGACAGCGCUCGGCUACGUUGAAAAUUAUGUUAUAGCGUUCAGAAUAGCAGGCCCAUGUUUUAUCGGUGGAAGCUGUUUAAUGCUGACAGCUGCAACCGCUUGCUGUGUAUCUGCACAUAUAAAAGAUAAAUCAAGACUUCGGCGAAAUGCUCGUCCAUCCAGACCAAUCAGACAACAUGCAACAAAUUCUCGUCACCGUUCACGUAAUCAUUCGCGUUCACGACCUUCCUCUCAUUCUCGUACCACUUCUUUCCAAAAUCGUCAAGUGCGAAUUAAUAGCAUUCCUCAAGUUGAGGUUGUUCCACCAACACCUCAACUUCACCCAAACCUCAAUGCCUUAGUAGGGCUGACUUUUCUGCCACCAAUGCAAAGUGGAAGACUUGGUACGCCGAUCAGUGAUGAAGAAAUGCUCUCGGAUUAUGAUAAUGUGCCCAAGAAACGUAGGGGAUGGAGUCCACAGAAAAAUGGUAGAUGCUGGAGUUCAGAAUUCAUCUGUUAUUUUAACAUGGUAUUAUCCAAAACAUCUACACAGUUUCCAAAAAAUGCCACGGUUAAAUUAGAUCAUCCCUUCGCAAAUUUCAAAGGAAAUACAUCAAUGGAAAUAGAAGUUGAUGCCUUGAUUUAUGAUUUGUCCUUCAUGAAAUAUAGUAGAGGCUAUACCGAGGAAAGUGUGCAAGUAGAUCCUAUAUGGCGGAAAGCGAUCACGAUAAAGUUGGAUACGUCAACGAUCUUGAUACAUAUGUGUCAACUCAUUACGUUGAAGGUGACAGUUUGUAUUGGCACAGCCACAACCACAGCCACAGAGACUGAAGAUGAGUAUGAUGAAUUUAAGAUGAAUACAAGUAUCAACCGUCAACGACAACUGACAUUAAUGGUAUUCAAGGAUUGUCUAGAAAAUGUUUCCAUAGAUGCCAACAAUGCGGAGAAGCUGCGAUAG